AUGAAUACAUGUGGUCAGUUAGGUGCUGGUAAUGCACUUGAAACAUUGAAUCAAACAUCAUCAGCAAAUUUGAAAGACGAUCUCAAAACCCAUUUUAUUACUCGUGAAGGUGUUUACAAGCAAAUGACUUUAUCCGAAUACUCACGUCCAAACCGAGUUCCUCUGAAUCAAGGAAUGAAUAACGUUGGAAGCGCACCGGUACGUGUAUCAUUUCUAACGAUGCCGGCGAGUACAUCAAAGAAUAAUGCAGAUAGUGAUAACGAUAUUUUGAUUAAUGGUGAUAUUCCGAACAAAUGCACAACGUCGAUUGAUAUUAAUAAUGACCACUACAGUGAUUCAACCAACAAUUCAGAAUCUGACUUAAUGAAUUGUGAUCGAAUUUGUUUUAAUGUUGGCCGAGAACUUUAUGUUUUCGUUUAUCGAGGUGUUCGAAAUGCGGUUGAUUUGAAUAAACCGAUUGAUAAACGAGUUUAUAAAGGUACAUACCCAACAUCGCAUGAUUUCAAUCAACAAACUGCAAAACCCACUUCGUGCAGUUUAAUAAUUGGUUUUUCUGCUGGGCAAAUCCAAUUGAUAGAUCCGUUUCAAAAAGAACUUCAAGUGAGUCGAUUGUAUAAUGAAGAUCGAUACAUCGAUAAAACGUCGGUCACUUGUCUGAAAUGGGUUCCAGGCCAACCGCAAUGCUUUUUGGCAUCACAUUCGAGUGGUAAUAUGUACUUGUACAAUGAAGAGUUAACAUGUAGCCCUGGCCCACCAUCUUAUCAAGUCUUCAAACAGGGUGAUGGGUAUACAGUUUACACUUGUAAAGCGAAGACGUCUCGUAAUCCCUUGUACAGAUGGUCAGUAUCAACCGGUUCAAUAAAUCAGUUCGCAUUCUCACCGAAUAACGAUGCCAAAUAUAUCGCGACUGCCAGUCAUGAUGGUUUUUUACGUGUAUUUAAUUAUCAUACGAUGGAGUUGAUUGGUUAUAUGAAAUCGUAUUUUGGUGCAUUACUUUGUUUGGCUUGGAGUCAUGAUUCACGUUAUAUUGUAACUGGUGGAGAGGACGAUUUGAUAACGGUUUAUUCGGUUCAUGAGAAACGAAUUGUGUGCAGAGGGCAAGGACAUAAAUCGUGGAUAUCACAGGUUGCAUUCGACCCGUAUACAUCACAUUCAGUUGAUGGCCAUUUAAGUUCCGGUGUUCCAUUAGAUCUUGGCUCAGAUGAAGAUCUCAGACCAUCCAGUCUCAAUAGCAGUGGAUUGUUGUUUAGAGGUGGAGGAAAUCGUUUGCCGAUCACUAAUAUACAACAGACAAACGGGCCAUCCUCUAUGUGCUCGUUAGGUAGAUUUUUUUAUUAA